GGGAUCACUGUGAAAGAGUCACCACUCUGGAAGAUCUGUGGACAAACAGAGGGAGAAAAACAAGAGGAAAGGAGAAGAAAGGAUUUGGAAAAGGCUGAAGAUGGUGUGUCUAUGUUGGUUGUUAGUGGUGGUGAUGGCGUACGUGUGCAUUCCUGGGUUUGGAUCGGUGUGCUGGAACAGCUCUAUCUGCAGUGACCUGAGCAACAAGGGCAGGAUACUGGAGUGUAUUCAACUCUGCAUGUCUCUGAUCAAGACUGAAUUGCCAGAGGUCAGUACAUUGGCCCUGAAGAUAAAUGAUGAUGACCACUUACUCAACAUCAUUCUGGGCACACUGGCUUCCUCUGAAAACAAGCUAUCAGAGUCAGAUCUUCAAGUCCACAGCGACCGGCGACGCUCAUAUUUAAUGGAGCAUUUCCGCUGGGGCAAACCCCCUGGAGACAAGAUACUGGAGCCAAAGCUGAGGGACCACGGUGACGAGAGACGCUCCUAUUCAAUGGAACAUUUCCGCUGGGGGAAACCCUCUGGCCGUAAACGCAGGCCCAUCAAAGUCUUUGCCUCUCCUCUGGAGGGAGGGGGCUCUUCUGAGGGCAGCUUUCCCCCUCAGGCUCGCAGGCAGCUGAACAGUAAUGAGGAUGAAGGAAAAGGAGACCUGAAUCAAGAAAGUCAUCAAUAUCAAGAAUUGCUGAGGGCGAGGGUCAGCUCCAAGUCACACGUCCUGUUGAGCCCACAGGACAGAAAAGAUGGGACCUAUCGGAUGAGUCACUUCAGAUGGGGGAACCCACCUGCCUCCAAACGUAAUGGCGGCUUAAUGAAGCUGUGGGAGAAGAAAACCUUAGGGGAAACUGGCUAGGCUCUGCAGGAACAUUAUGGUCAAGGAUGUGGAGAGGAUAAUGGGAUGAACUGGAGAAGAAGGGGAGGGGGUUGUUGAACAAAUCUAAUAGCCAAUGCAUGUUACUUGACUUGAAAGAGUUUUCUUUUAUUGGUUUUGUUUUGUUUUUGUUUUUUUGUUGUUGUUGGGUUUUUUUUUGUGGGAAAUGUCAUUACUGAUUGAUAUGUUUUGAAAAAAGACCCAAAUAGAGAAAGUGAUUCCAGGGCAAGAGGUGGGUAAGAAGGACGCUAUUUUAAAAACCAUCGCAGUUUAUUUACAAAGUGGUAUGUUUUUUUGUAAAGUAAUGUAAUAUUAAAGAUCAUUCUG